AAGACGCCAGUUUGUGUUGGAGCAAAAGGAGGAGUGAUGCCGGAUAGGCGCUGCUGGUGGUGGCGCCCGGGACGAACAGCCGUUGAUCUGGAACCCAAUCAUCAGGAUGGAUGGGUGGCUGCUGUUGACAUAGGAAACAAGGCACUGAAAGCAAUCGGACGCUAUUAUCUUCCAGAUGAUUUUUAUUACAGCCGUGGCUAUGACCCUGAGCAUCCUUUAUGUGCCUCUACAUUGUCCCGCCAUCUGGAUUUGACUUCAGGCAAUCAAGUCUCAGCUUGUCGCAAGAAGACCGAGGCUAAAAGGCCUGCAAAUCAUCGAAUAGUAACCUCAAUCCCUGUGGAUUCCUACGAACGAAGGGCCAAAAUCCGAAGGCUAUUGGAAAUGGCUGGGAAAACAAAGUGUGCACGAAAUUCUCCUGAGAGUAUUAUGCAAAAUAAUCAUAUUUUUCCAGGUCUAUCCUGUUGGAAACAAUCUGCCACCACAGCUUUGCUUCAAGUAUGCAUCAUUGGCCCCUGUUCAUGGUUGUCACAACUACGAGCCACAGUGGCGACCAUCAAAACAACAGUCGACGUCUAGCAACACCCCAGCCAUGGUUCAACAACUGCAAUUGGGCCAGCUACCAUGGGUAUUCACAUCAACUUUCUGCCCCUAACUCAUUUGCCUAUGGCGCACACGCAGGCUAUGGCAACUACCAACAGCAGUGGCCGCAGCCUCCCCCUACUCUGGACCUGCCUAUUGGUGCAUCUUGGCAGCAUCCGCCCCCUCCGGGUUCCAGUGCAGCGUCAGCAAACACUUCGUGAGUGAUGAGAUUUGACUGGAUUGAUGGCUGAGGUCAGAUGUGCUAUGGUGUAAGCUUUGUGUGUGGGUUUGUUUCUACCUGAACCCAGUUAUCUUCUCGCUUCAGAUAAACAUGUAUUAUAUGUGGACCAUCAUUUAUGUGUUUUUAUUUACUUGAUGCGUGAUUGCAAGGUGUCUGGCGUGUCGCCUGUAGUAUUAAUCCUAUCAUAUGUAUGAAUCCUUUUGCAAACCAGGAUAUUUAUUA